ACAAAAUGAAGUCUCUAGCUCUUGGUCUCUGUGCGCUGUUCUGCGUUGUGGCAUGGGCUGACCUAACUGAGGUUGACGCACUACCGUCCUCCGACGAUGAAGAUGCAGCUCAACCCGUCUUAGCUUUGUUCACUUAUGCAAAUACACAGUACGGCUUAAGUCUGAACAAGUUGACUUGGUAUGAGGCGCAACUGUUCUGUGCCGAGCAGGAAUAUGUUCUAGCCAACAUUCCUUCAGAAAGUAUGCAGACCACUAUAUUGAACUUCAUCCAAAGCUCCGCUGUGGACGAACUUAGCUCACUUGUUAACGAACCGAUCUGGGUCUCGGGCACAAAUCAGGGACUUGGCACCCAAUACGUAUGGCAUAGCAGUGGAGCUCGGUUCACCUACCGCAACUUCCUUAGGAACCCAUCAUCUGGCUAUCGCUGCGUCGCAAUAAAUGGACUCACAGGCGACUGGACAGAUGAGAGCUGCAGAGACAGGCAUUACUUUGUCUGUGAAUUACAACCAUGCGUUCCGAAGACUACGUAAGGAAGCUACAACAUUUACUCUUCAUAUGUAUUGAAGGAACAUAAAUUAAACACAAUAAAAAAGGCAAUCAGAA